AUGGCUGAUUCUAAGACACAAACGGCCAUGGCCAGCAAGAACCUUUUACUAUUCGGGCCCGGCGCUAUGACAUUGGACGAAGCGUACUACAAUCGCAUUCUUUCAUUCAUGAAAGAGAGUUGCGAGAGUCAAUGGGCGUUGGAUGCCAUUGAUGACAUUGGGAAUUAUUGGGAAUCAGUCUGUGAGUUGAUUCCCAAACUUGAGCAAGUCUCGGGCUUGAACGAUGCCCAGAGGCUAGCGGACUGGAUCCGAAAGGGUAUCAUUCCAUCUCAGUCAACCGUCUCGAACCUGCCCAACUCAAUUCUAGGGCCUCUUGUCAUCAUCUCGCAACUGGUUGAAUACAUCCAGUAUAUCACAUCAUCUUCAAAGUCAAGUCAAAACGAGACAAACAAAUUCCAAAGGCCUUCUAAAACAAAUACAGAGACAGUUGGUUGCUGUCUUGGUGUAUUUAGCGCCCUAGUGGUAUCAUCCAGCUCGUCUUGGCCACAGUUCCACCACAAUGCUUCAGCAGUCCUUCGUACAGUUUUCAUUCUAGGAGCAUUGUCAGAUGUGCAGGACAUUGAUGACAAGUCUGGCUCAUCGGUUUCCUUGAUAGCGUUUUGGAGAGGUGGCCGCUCGCUCUCCGAUCUAGAAAAGGCGCUGGGAAAGCAUCCCGAGGCUUAUGUUUCCGUUCUCUACGAUGAAAACCGAGUAACUGUGACAACAUCUACUCGUACGGUAUCGGAUCUGAAGAGAAGUCUACAAACGAUUGGAAUCACAGCCAAUGAAACCGAAUUUCACGGGCGCUUCCAUGCCGGAAAGCUCUACCAAGAGGAACUUCAAUUAUUCUUCAACUUCUGCAAGCGUUUUCCUGCAUUCCAACUCCCAGACGCCUCCUGCCUGGUUGUACCUACUCGCAUAAACGCCGAUACUACCCUGAGUGAGCCGGGGAACCUUCUCGAGGCGGCUUCGCGGGCCUUUCUGGUAGAGCAAUUCAACUGGAUCAAGACAUUUCGAGCUGUGGUAUCUAGUUCUUUGCAAGACAGAAACUCUCGGGUGAUUGAAUUUGGACCGGAAAAAUGCGUUCCUCCUACAUUGCUCCGGCGGCUGAGCAGUCAAAUCAACCACUUUGACUUUGAGCAGAGCAUCGCCAACACUAUUAAUGGCACUGUACCUUCGAGGUUAGAUUUUAAAUCGACCGAUAACGAUAUUGCUGUGAUCGGCAUGUCAUGCUCUGUCGCCGGAGCCCCUGAUCUCGAGCAGUAUUGGAAGAUUCUCCUGGAAGGCAAAUCACAACAUAGGAAACUCGUACCAAACGAUCGAUUCGUUAUGGAGACCAUUUUCAGACAACACGAAAAGGGUGACGAAAAGAAGCCGUGGUUUGGCAACUUCCUUGACGAUCAAGAUGCUUUCGACUCAAAAUUCUUCAAGAAGUCUCCCCGAGAGGCGCUGCAUAUGGAUCCCCAACAGAGACUUAUUUUGCAGGCUGCGUAUCGGGCAGUAGCGCAAUCUGGGUAUUACAACAAGUCCGAAUCAGAUAACCGUGUUGGAUGCUAUAUUGGCCUGGUGGCUAAUGAUUACGAGAACAACAUCGCAUGCACCGCUCCAACGGCCUUUUCGGCUACCGAUAUCGACAAUAUGGCGAUAGCUGGAGCGCCUGUUCCGUGGAAAGAAACUUUCAAAGCGACGCUUAUCAAUAAUUACGGUGCUGCUGGAUCGAAUGCGUCAAUGGUUAUCAAACAGGCACCGAAGCUUGGUCCUGAGCGUGGGGAUGGCGACCAGAAAGGCGCCGUAUUAUCAUCCUCUGUGGCCCCAUUCAACUGUCCAUUCUACAUCGGUGGCUUUGAUGAACAAGCCAUCAGACGGUAUACCGCUGAAUUACGGGAUUUCAUCAAAAGAAAGGCAAUUUCCGGAGACCGUCUUGGCAUUGAAAACCUAGCUUUCAAUGUAAACAGACAAUCGAAUUGGUCCCUCCGGCAUGCCAUGGUCUUCAGCUCUGACUCCAUUGACGGGCUGGAUAGAAAUCUGGCCUCUAUCAAAACCUUUACUCGACCUUCCGCAAGACCCGUCAUCCUCUGCUUUGGUGGUCAGGUUGCCAAGUUUGUCGGUCUAGACCGGGAAGUGUUUGACAAGGCUGCCGUCUUGCGGAAGCAUCUCGAUCACUGCGACGAUGUGUGCAAGUCGAUCAACGCAGGAAGUAUAUACCCUGGGAUCUUUGGGCGUGAGCCAAUUGACGAUCCGUCAGUAUUACAACCGCUCCUCUUUGCAAUGCAAUACUCAUCUGCCAUGAGCUGGAUCGACUGCGGAAUUAAGCCAACAACUCUUGUCGGCCACUCAUUCGGGGAGUUAACUGCGCUUUGUGUUUCUGGUAUUCUUAGCCUUGAAGAUGCCUUGAAGAUUAUCUAUGGUAGGGCGAAGAUUAUUAGAGAUAGCUGGGGUUCCGAAAAGGGAUCCAUGAUAGCCGUGGAGGCCGACCCAGACGUCGUCACAGACCUUCUUGUUGCAUCAAACACCAGCCUACCUGACCCUGAAGGCAUAGGAAGAGCCACCAUCGCAUGUUUCAAUGGCCCAAGGAGCUUUACCCUGGCUGGAUCCGUGGUUGCAAUUGAUGCGGUCGAGGGAAAUAUUUCUUCCAAUCGCACUAAAGCUCCUAUUUCCAAAUACAAGAGACUAGAUGUGACCAAUGCCUUCCACUCAACACUUGUGGAGAAACUGAAACCGGAACUGGAAUCUUUGCUACAAAAUGCCGUUCUGAAUCCGCCCCAGAUUCGAAUGGAGACUGCUACUGAAGAGCCCACGACUGAUCCGAUCUCGGUGAGCUAUGUGGUUGAACACAUGCGAAGGCCGGUGUACUUCGAUCAGGCAGUGCAAAGAAUCGCCAAGGAGUAUCCAGAAGCAGUUUGGUUAGAAGCUGGCUCCAACUCUACUAUUACCACAAUGGCAAACAAGGCCCUUGGAAUGCCAAAGGGUGCGACUUUCCAGCCAGUGAAUGUGACAAGUGCCAACCAAGCCCUUCAGAAUCUCGUUGACACAACAAUGACUCUGUGGAGGGCUGGUUUGCAAGUCACAUUCUGGCCACAUUCGCGGCUUCAAACCUAUGAAUACAGGCCUAUAUUCCUUCCAUCUUACCAGUUUGACAAACAGCGUUACUGGUUGGAUUUCAAGCCGCCCCCGAAGCAACUGAUCAAGCAAGAUAUCGCUGAGCAGGUCAAUGGACUAAGUGCAGAGCUCCCACCCGCAGGACUUUACAUCUUCUUGGGUUAUACAGACGAUACAGAUAGCAAGUGUCAGUUCCGUCUUAAUACUGGAGCAAAGCCGUACUUGGACGUCAUGUCAGAUCAUACUUUUCUCAAAACCCAGAAGACAUGCCCAGCCACAUUUGAGAUCGAUGUUGCCAUCCAGGCAAUUACAAGUAUCCGCCCCGAAUUAUCCCAAGAAGCGAACCUGCAACCGCAAGUUUACAACAUUACGAACCAGUCUCCGAUUUUCGAUUCUUCGCGGGCAAUCUUCAUUUACUUCGAGCGCCUUAGCCGCGAGGUAAACAACUGGAGUUUCACGUUCACCAGCACCCUCAAAGGGUCUCCAGAUAUUGUACACUUGAGCGGGCAGCUUUGUUUCUUACCCCUUGACGAUCAUCGCUCUUGUCUCGAAUUCAACAGGCUUGAGCGCCUUGUGACCCACAGCCGAUGCCUCCAGGUUCUCAAGAGUAAUGACGAAGCCGAUGAGGUGAUUCAGGGUCGCAGUAUCUACAAAGUUCUCUCAGAUAUUAUUGACUAUGGGGAGCAAUUCCAAAGUCUAUUAAAAUUGGUGGGAAGAGUUGAUGACUCUGCUGGCAGGAUCGUACGGACGCGUUCCCGUGAGACCUGGUUCGAUUUCUCCCUGAGUGAGGUCUUCACCCAGGUAGGUAGCAUUUGGGCCAAUUCCAUGGCUCGAGAUCGUCGGACGCUACAUGGAACCAUAUAUGUUUGCAACAGCAUUGAGCAGUGGGUGAGGUCACCAAGCGUACUUCGGAAGAUUCGUGAUGGCGCCUAUCGGGAUGGUGCUAAGCAAGAGUGGCAAGUUCUUGCACAACAUAAACGCGCCAAUAGCCCAGAGAAUUCUUAUAUCACGGACAUAUUUGUCUUUGAUGCUCUGUCCGGGUCACUUGAGGAAGUAAUCCUCGGAAUGCUUUUUACGCCACUUGAACUGAAUCAAUCGAUUAAAAAUCCCAGCUCUUUUGAAAUUGCUGCUCCAGUAACAAAUAAAUUUGCGCUCCCCCUGGCAGCAACUGCACCGACAGUUCACAUAUCCUCAAGUGGUUCCGAGCCACCACGGGCAACGGUGAAGCCGGUGAAGCGUGCAGUUCGCCAGAAAAAGAACACGAAGCACGAAAUAUGGGUCAAGCUUCAACCGGUAUUGGCGGAUAUUUCUGGCCUUGCGCCUGAGGAGAUCAACCAGACUGAUUCACUUGCCGACAUUGGCAUUGACUCUCUGAUGGGAAUGGAGAUGGCACGCGAAGUGGAAACAACAUUCAAGUGCACCUUGGAACAAUCCCAAUUAGUCACUCUUGUUGAUAUUCCCGGUAUACUGAUCUUCCUCCAAUCAGUGCUCGGUGAUGGAGAUGAAGAAGAUGUGGGUUAUUCAGACUCGUCAGAAGCAGCAUAUUCCGAAGCCAGCGUGCCAUCGAGCCAUGACGAUAUCGCUUCAACAUCUAGUUCAGAUCAGUUGGAAGCUUGUGGGACUUCAGAAGCGACACUCCAACUCCCCACUUCCGUUAUUCUUGACGCAUUCAAGGAAUCCAAAUCUCAUACAGACCAGUUCCUCAAAGCAUAUGGCUGUGCAGGAUACCUCGAUGGCGUAUCUCAAAAACAGACUCGACUAUGUCUGGUGCUCACCAGCGAAGCUUUCAAAAAGCUUGGCUGUGAUCUUGAGGCAGCCAAGCCGGGAGACGUACUGCAGCCUGUGCCAUUCAUUUCCAAGCAUAAACGUUUCCAUGAGUAUUUGUAUGGAAUGUUGGAAGAAACGCGCAUUAUUGAUAUUGAUAACGAUAUCAUCACCCGGACCGCGAUCCCCCUUCCUUCUCAGAGUGCUGAGGUAAUUCUCGAAAACUUGAUGCGCCAUCAUGCAGAUAACGGGUCUUCACACCAACUGACGUACAACGUUGGCACCCGGAUGGCAGACGUCUUGUCUGGUAAAGCCGACGGCCCUCAGCUUAUUUUCGGAGACGCGAAGAACCGCGAGCUCGUUGCUAGCUUCUAUGGAGAAUUGCCCUUCAACCGGCUGUACUUUGAACAGAUGGUAGAGUUUCUCACUCUACUAGCGACAAGAUUGAAGUUGUCAUCACACAAUCAACCCCCUCUUAAAAUCUUGGAGAUGGGAGCUGGAACAGGUGGAACAACAAAGGUCAUUGUCCCAGCGCUUGCAAAACUCGGCAUCCCGGUAGAAUAUACCUUCACCGAUCUCUCGCCGUCUCUUGUGGCACAAGCAAAGAGGAAGUUCAAACAAUACUCGUUCAUGAAUUUCGCCGUCCAUGAUAUCGAGCAGCCUCCUUCUGACCCAGAGCUGAUGGGUUCCCAACAUAUAGUGAUUGCUAGCAAUGCCGUUCAUGCAACUCAUUCACUCAGAGCCUCCGCAGAGAAUAUACGCAAGUUCUUGAGGCCGGACGGGUUCGUCAUGCUUCUGGAGAUGAUGGGCACACUUCACUGGGUUGACGUGGUCUGGGGCACCCUUGAAGGGUGGUGGCUAUUUGAUGACGGGCGACGGCAUGCCAUUGUGAAUGAACGAAGAUGGGAAAUGGAACUCAAGAAUGCAGGCUACAAGCAUGUCGAUUGGACUGAUGGCAAACUUCCCGAAAAUCAUGUCCAACGAGUUGUGAUUGCCAUGGUGGCCGAUGCAGAGCAGGACCUUGAGACCUCGCCUCCCACCAGUGAAAGUCUCCCAGCAGCAAGCAAUGGUCAUGGCCUAUCUAGAGAAGACAUCGAAUCUAGAAAGUCGGCUGCUGAUAGAUAUGUCCAAAGCGCGUCAGAAGGGUUUUCGAUCCCGGAAUAUAAUGGGCCGCCUCUCGACUUCACAACGACAAAAUGCGUGCUCGUAACUGGGGGAACUGGGAGUCUUGGUAGCCACAUCAUUUCUCACCUGUUGAGCCUAUCUACGGUUGAAUCCGUAUACUGCCUAAAUCGACAUGCACCACCGAUCAAGGAUGCUCCGAUCCGCAGCCCAUUGCGUCGACAAAUUGACUCGUUUGAAUCAAAGGGUAUUACAUUGAAUGAGGGCCAGCUGGCGAAACUGAAAGUGUUUGAAUCAGACUCGUCGAAGCCCCAGCUUGGAAUGCCUGCAGAUGAGUAUGAUCAACUUCUCAAUAAUGUCACUCACCUGGUUCAUAACGCCUUCCCAGUCAACGGGAUGCGUUCUCUUCCCCAGAAUGAACCGCAAUUCGCCACGAUGCGUAACCUGGUCGAUAUGGCGGCCGCGGUCUCUGCACGCCGAAAAGCUGGCACGAGUAAUGAAUUCAAAUUCACCUUCCAGUUCAUAUCCUCUCUUUCAGCCGUGGGAAUGUAUCCGAUUGUCAACGGUGGCGAGAUAGAUGUGCCCGAAAAAGAAUUGGAUAUCGACUGUGCGCUUCCGAAUGGGUAUGGUGGUGCCAAGGUCAUAUGUGAACGUCUUCUUUUUGAGACCCUUAGCCGUUUUCCCGACCGCUUCAAAGCCAUGACUACACGAUUAGGCCAACUUUCCGGUUCCAUCGAGACCGGAUACUGGAAUCAUAUGGAAGUCCUAGGCUUUUUGUUCAAAUCGGCACAAACACUGAAAGCAUUCCCUGAUGUGAAAGGGGCAAUUUCCUGGCUUGCUCUUGAGGAUGCUUCGGCUUCCUUAGCAGAGCUCCUUUUACGGGAAGAGCCACAGUGUCACCGCAUUUAUCAUGUUGAUAAUCCAAGCAGAAGAACCUGGGAAGACAUGUUGCCGGUACUUACCGAGACGCUUGGAGCGCCACCUAGGGGAGUCAUCCCCCUCCGCGAGUGGCUAAAAAGGGUCCAGGCAUACCCUGGCGAGAACCCUUGGGAUAACCCAGCGGCAAAGGCUAUGGACUUCUUUGAUCAUAAGUUUGCACACAUGUCGUGCGGCGGGGUCACAAUGUCUACGGAUAAUGCCAGGGAGCAUUCGCCUACUUUGAGAGCAGUUCAGCCAGUGAGCGAUGAGCUGGUGAGAAAAUACAUGCAAGGUUGGAAGGACAGUGGAUUUUUGAGAUACGUCUUUCUGCUAUCAAAGUUCAUCACCCUAAACUUCAAGAUGGCUCAGACGCAAGGCGAAUCCGCAAGUUCUCCGCUCGAAGUGGCCAUCAUCGGCGGUGGGAUGACGGGUUUAGCGCUUGCAGUCGGAUUGCUCAAGCGGAACGUAAACUUCACUCUCUACGAACGCGCCGAUAACUUUGGUGAGCUUGGCGUUGGCAUUCAUUUCACGCCCAACGCUGAGCGUGCAAUGGCGGCCCUCGACCCUCGCGUUUUACAAAGCUACGUGGACAUAGCAACUCAUGCUGAGGGUGGAUUCUUAACUUUCGUCGACGGAUUUCACGAGGAGAAAGGGGCGGACCCCUCGACGUCCACAGAAGAGACAAUUUUUCAGCUUCGUGUUGGGGACGGUUACAAAGCUUGUCGUCGGUGUGAUUUCGUUGAUCAGCUUGUCAAACAUAUCCCGCCUGAAAAGGUUCGCUAUCAGAAAUGGUUACAGUCUAUCGACGAUAAAGAGGGCAGAUCUAUUUUGACAUUCAGGGAUGGUUCCAAAGCCCAGGCAGAUAUCGUGAUUGGAUGCGAUGGGAUUCGGUCCAAAGUCCGUGAAGCAAUGUUUGGCUCUGCCAAUUCUAGUCCCAAAGCGCAAUACUCACAUCAGCUUGGAUUUCGCGGUCUGGUCCCCAUGGAUAAAGCCUUGGCUGCCGUAGGCUCCAGAAAGACGUCAAACGCGCUUGGCCAUCUUGGACCAGGGGGAUUUGUCUUGACUAUUCCGCUCUCCGGGGUCAACGCGAUGCAUGUCGAGGCAUUCGUAAUGGAUCCGCAUCCCUGGCCGGAGAUCAAAACGGAAAAUGACACUCAAAGAUACGUCUUACCAGCGACAAGAGACGAAGCACUGGCUGCCUUCAAGGAUUUUGGGCCUACUGUGCAGACAUUUGUGUCAUUGCUCCCCGAAAAACUAGACAAAUGGGCGGUUUUCGACAUGCUCGAUGCCCCAGCACCAUCAUUCUCCAAAGGUCGGAUGUGCCUGGCCGGGGACGCGGCACAUGCAUCUACGCCAAAUCAGGGAGCCGGUGCCGGUGCUGGAAUGGAAGAUGCCCUGGUACUUGCAGAGGUACUGGCAGCUGUGGCAAAUCUGCGACACGUGGAUGAGGGUGCCGUUUACGCGGCUUUGGGGGUAUACAGUGAGAUGCGUCAUGAACGAUGUCAGUGGCUUGUGGCCAGCAGCAGGAGGGUGGCAGAGCUCUUCACAUGGAAGGAUCCGCAAUAUGGCCACGACAAAGACGGGGUCAGGCGUGAAAUAGAAGAACGAAGCCACGUUCUAUGGGAUUAUGAUACAGACGGCAUGGUCAGGGAGACAGUAGCUAAGUUUAAUACCAGGCUUGAACGUAUGUAG